AUGACUUGUGCGGAAGGUCGGGCCGAGCUCAGCUUGUCUGACAUGGAAAACAUGCCCUACCUGCAGGCUGUCUUAAAGGAGGCACUGCGGCUGCAUCCUAUCGAGUUCCAGGCUUCUCAUGUUGCGGAGAAGGACACUAUCCUGCCUUUGGGCGAACCAAUAAUGUCAGUCUCGGGUAAGGAGAUUAAAGAACUGCAUGUCCCAAAAGGCACGGAGGUGAUGUUCGCAACGGGCUGUUAUAACCGGUAG